AUGUCAGAUGAUUGGGCUGCGGAAGUUUCUUUCAACUACAAGGAAACAAAUGAAUUUCCUGUUACUUCUCGAAGCCCUACAUCUGGUGAAGAAGACUGGCAUUGCACAGCCCUAUUCUUUUUUUCUUUUUCUUCAUAUUUUUUAUAUAUUGCAGGUUAUCCAAGUUCUCCUGGACAGUUGUUUCCUGACACUCAGCUGGAUGGAUAUCAAUCCAAAGAAGAACUAUUUUAUAUUCCCUAUAAAUCAGCUAAAUUAUACAUUACCAAGAUUGUAAAAGACAUGCACCAGAUGAAAAUCAGAUACGUGAAAGUUAUCAAAGAGCUGGAGCAUGUUGGAAAAGAAAGCCAGGUAACUGAAAAUAGAGAAACAGAGAUGAAUGCAAGAGAAAUUAAAUCUGACACCAUAACACAGAAUGGACAAGGUUGCUUUGUGGUGGAUAUAGAAGAAAUACAAGAUUACUUACCAGAAAAGAAAUUUCUGUUGGAAGUUAAAACCAAUCUGGAACAGGUCAGAUCAUCACUGCAGAAACGAGAAACAGAACUCAAGGAUCUUCUACAAACUGAACAUUGGUGCAACCUUCAAAUUACAGAAACAGAAAUGAUGCAAUGA